AUGGAUGAGCAGCAAUUCGUCGGACUCCUCGAGAGUCUGAUGCAGCCCGACACUGAGCGUGUCAAGUCCGCAACCGCCACCUUGAACAAGACAUACUACGGUAACCCUGCCUCGCUCACUGCCUUGCUCCACAUCUUGGUCUCGCACCAGAGCCCCAACCUUCGCCAACUGGCUGCUAUCGAGUCCCGCAAGCUCGUCAAGAAGCACUGGCUCGACCUCCCCAACGACCAGAAGCCCCAGAUCCGCGAGCAGCUCUUGCAGUCCACCCUCAGCGAGGAGCAGUCGCUUGCCCGUCACUCUAAGGCUCGAGUUAUUGCCUCGAUCGCUCAGAUUGACCUCGCCGAUGGCCAAUGGUCCGACCUCCCCGACUUCCUCCAGAACGCUUCGACCAGCCAGACCGCCAGCCACCGCGAGGUUGGUGUCUACAUCAUCUACACACUCCUCGAGACCAUGCCCGACAUGUUCCAGGAGAACAUGGGCGCCAUGCUCCAGCUCUUCACAAAGACCAUUCAGGACCCCGAGAACGCCGAGGUCAGAAUCAACACAAUGCUUGCUCUCUCCGAGAUCUGCAUGGUUCUUGACACCGACGAGGACCCCCAGUCGCUCAAGGCUUUCCAGGACACUAUUCCCCACAUGGUCCGCGUUCUGCAGCAGGCCGUCGACGACGGCGAGGAGGACCGCGCCAUGCAGGCCUUCGAGGUCUUCAACAAGCUCCUCAGCUACGAGUCUGCUUUCCUGAACGCCCACUUUGGUGACCUCAUGCAGUUCAUGAUGCAACUUUCUGCCAAUACCAACGUCGACGACGACUCGCGUUCUCAGGCUCUUUCUUUCCUCAUGCAGGCCGUCAGAUACCGCAAGCUCAAGGUCCAGGGUCUGCGCAUUGGUGAGCAGCUCACAACCACCUCCCUCCAGAUCGUUACCGAGCUUGGUGAGCUUUCCGCCGAGGACGAGGACAUCACUCCUGCCCGCUCUGCUCUUGGUCUGCUCGACAUUCUUUCCGAGAACCUCCCUCCCAGCCAGGUCGCUGUUCCUCUUCUCCGUGCCAUCGGUCCCUUUGUUCAGAACCCCAACGCCGACUACCGUCGUGCUGGUAUUCUCGCUCUGGGUAUGUGCGUUGAGGGUGCCCCCGACUUCAUCAGCACUCAGCUCUCCGAGAUUCUUCCCAUGGUCCUCCACUUGCUUGAGGACCCCGAGGUCCGCGUCCGUUCGGCUGCCCUCAACGGUGUCGCCAGACUUGCUGAUGACCUCGCUGAGGAGAUGGGCAAGGAGCACGCCCGUCUCAUCCCCGCUCUUGUCAAGAACUUCGACCUUGCUAUGCAGCAGUUGAAUGGACCCGCUGGUGACGAGAACCUGGCUAUCAUCAAGCAGAGCUGCAUGGCCAUUGAUUCGAUGAUUGAGGGUCUUGACAAGGAGGACGCUUCCAAGUAUGUUGGUGAGCUAAUCCCCAGACUCAGCCCUCUGUUCCAGCACCCCGAUGUCAAGGUUCAGAUCUCGGCCAUCGGUGCCACUGGUUCCAUCGCUUCUGCCAGUGAGUCGGCUUUCAUGCCUUACUUCGAGGGCACCAUGCAGACUCUUGGCCAGUUUGUUUCUCUCAAGGACUCCGAGGACGAGCUCGAGCUCCGUGGCGUUGUCUGCGACUCGCUCGGCAAGAUCGCCUCUGCUGUUGGCGCUGAUGCCUUCCAGCCUUACGUCACCCCUCUUAUGCAGGCUUCUGAGGAAGCUCUGCACCUCGACCACCCCAGACUCCGCGAGACCAGCUACAUUCUCUGGAGUACCAUGUCCAAGGUCUACGAUGACAAGUUCGCCCCUUACCUCGCUGGUGUUGUCAAGGGCCUGAUUGAGUGCCUCCAGCAGGACGAGAGCGAGGAUGGUAUUACCCUUGGCGAGGAGGCCAGAGAGCUUCUUGGCCAGGAGAUCACCAUCGCUGGCAAGAAGGUCAAGGUUGCAGACAUGAGUGCUGACGAUGACGACACCACCAUUGACGUCGAUGACGAAGAUGAGGACGACUGGGAUGACCUUGGUGCUGUUACUGCUGUUGCCAUGGAGAAGGAGAUCGCUGUUGAGGUUAUCGGUGAUGUCCUUACUCACACCCGCGGCCACUUCCUCCCUUACUUCCAGCAGUGCGUCGAGGCUGUCCUCGGCCUUGUCGACCACACUUUCGAGGGUGUCCGCAGAUCUGCCAUUGGCACUCUCUGGAGAGGUUAUGCCUCUCUCUGGGCCAUGGCUGAGGACAACGGCAUGGCCAAGUGGCAGUCUGGCCUUCCUCUCAAGGUCCAGGCCACUGAGGACCUGAUGAAGCUCAGCAGUCUGAUCAUGACUGCCACCCUUGCUCUCUGGCAGGACGAAGUUGACCGUGGUACCGUCACCGACAUCCACCGUAACCUCGCCGCUACCCUCAGANAGCUUUGCGGACCCGCCAUCCUUACCGCCAACAUUGGCGAGAAUGCCGCGUCCCCCGUUCAGCAGAUCGUCGAGAUGAUCCUCUCGAUCUUGCAAAAGAGACACAUCUGCCAGCAGGACCUUGAUGGUGAGGACGAGUUCGACGUCGAGUUGGAGUCAUCCGAGUACGACUGGCUGGUCAUUGAGACUGCCAUGGAGGUCAUCACCUGCCUGGCUGCCGCCCUCGGCGAGUCCUUUGGUGAGCUCUGGCAAAUCUUCGAGAAGCCCGUUGUCAAGUACGUCAGCGGACAAGAGAAGUACGAGCGCAGCGCUGCCGUCGGCACCAUUGCUGAGGCCGUUGGUAACAUGGGUGCUUCCGUCACUCCUUACACCGCCAGUCUUAUGAAGAUGCUACUCAAGCGCCUUGGAGACGAGGACCCGGAAGUCCGUAGCAACGCUGCCUACGGUACUGGUCUUCUUUGCGAGAAGAGCACCGACGAGAGCCAGAUUACCGGCCAGUACAACACCAUCCUCGCCAAGCUCGAGCCUCUGUUGCACCAGCAGCAAGAGGCCCGUCUCCUUGACAACUCUGCUGGCUGUGUCGCUCGCAUGAUCAAGAGACACCCCAACAACGUUCCUCUCGGGGACGUCCUCCCCGUCCUGAUCCAGCUUCUCCNNCCCCUCAGAGAGGAUUACGAGGAGAACGAAGCCGUCUUCGAGAUGAUCGUUGCCCUCUACCAGCAGCAGAACACUGUCAUCCAGGGCCUUACCGGCUCUAUCUUGCCAGUGCUGCAANAGGUGCUGAGCCCUCCUGAGGAGCAGCUCAGCGACGAGACACGCCAAAAGGUGAUGCAGUUGGCACAGUACCUCCAGUCGCAAUAG